UCCGGCCCGGGAGGUUUGAGUCUCUUGGCGCGCGGAAGUCUCCAGAACUUUGCGACCCGAAAGAUUCCCAGGGACAGCUUGCGCCUGCGGCUUCGCUGGGGUCCUGUGUCCGGCGCCGCUCCGCCCGGCCCUCUGCCUCACAGGAGAGGUUCUGAGUUGACGACACUCACCAUCCUGCUCAGCCCAGGAAGAGACCAGCGAGACCGGCUCUCCUACAGCCCUACCUGCCGGUGAGCCCGGCAGACUGGCGCCCAACGUGUGAGGCAUCUCUCCGACGGAAGAACACUGACGGGCCAAUCGGUCUGCGGCAUCUUUUUGUUAUUUUGAAUGAACUUCGUGGUGGACUAUGAAUGAUUAUGAUGAACUUCUCAAAUACUAUGAAUUAUAUGAAACUAUUGGGACAGGUGGCUUUGCAAAGGUCAAACUUGCCUGCCAUAUCCUCACUGGAGAAAUGGUAGCUAUAAAAGUCAUGGAUAAAAGUGCCCUAGGGAGUGAUUUACCUCGGGUCAAAACAGAAAUUGAUGCUUUGAAGAAUCUGAGACAUCAACAUAUAUGUCAACUCUACCAUGUGUUAGAGACAGCCAACAAAAUAUUCAUGGUUCUUGAGUACUGCCCCGGAGGAGAGCUGUUCGACUACAUAAUUUCCCAGGACCGCCUGUCCGAGGAGGAGACUCGAGUGGUCUUCCGUCAGAUACUGUCUGCAGUUGCGUAUGUGCACAGCCAGGGCUAUGCCCACAGGGACCUCAAACCAGAAAAUUUAUUGUUUGAUGAAUAUCAUAAAGUAAAGCUGAUUGACUUUGGGUUGUGCGCAAAACCUAAGGGUAACAAGGAUUACCAUCUACAGACAUGCUGUGGCAGUCUUGCUUAUGCAGCGCCUGAAUUAAUACAAGGCAAAUCCUAUCUUGGAUCUGAGGCAGAUGUGUGGAGCAUGGGAGUGCUCUUAUACGUGCUCAUGUGUGGUUUUCUGCCAUUUGAUGAUGACAAUGUCAUGGCUUUGUAUAAGAAGAUUAUGAGAGGGAAGUAUGAUAUUCCUAAGUGGCUCUCUCCCAGUAGCAUUCUGCUUCUUCAACAAAUGCUGCAGGUGGACCCAAAGAAACGAAUUUCUAUGAAACAUCUCUUGAAGCAUCCCUGGAUCAUGGAAGAUUACAACUGUCCUGUUGAGUGGCAAAGCAAGAAUCCUUUUAUUCACCUUGAUGAUGACUGUAUCACAGAACUCUCUGUACAUCACCGAAACAACAGGCAAACAAUGGCGGAUUUAAUUUCCUUGUGGCAGUAUGAUCACCUCACAGCCACCUACCUUUUGCUUCUCGCCAAGAAGGCUCGGGGAAAGCCAGCUCGCUUACAGCUUCCUUCUUUUGGACCUGCCAGCGCCACCCCAAAGUCAAAGAACCUGAGUCUGGAAGAUAUGACAAGUGAUGAAAAUUAUGUGGCUGGAUUAAUAGACUAUGAAUGGCAUGAUGACAAUUUAUCAACUCCCCAAACACCACAGUUCACAAAGCAUUGGACAGAAUCAAAUGGUGUGGAGUCUAAACCGUUAACUCCAGUAUUGUGCAGAGCUCUGGCAAAUAACUCAAAGGACAAACAGAAUAUAUGUACUCCUAAGUCUGCUGCGAAGAAUGAAGAAUGCUUUGUAUUUCCUGAACCAAAGACUCCAGUUAAUAAGAACCAGUAUAAAAGAGAAAUACUCACUACGCCAAAUCGUUACACUACACCCUCAAAAGCUGGAAACCAGUGCCUGAAAGAAACCCCAGUCAAAACUCCAGUAAAUUCAGCAGGAAAAGACAAAUUAAUGACAAAUGUCAUUAGCCCUGAGAGGCGGUGUCGCUCAGUGGAAGAGAGUCUCAACAAGGCACACAUGGAGGAGACCCCUAGAAGAAAAGGAGCCAAGGUGUUUGGAAGCCUUGAAAGGGGUCUGGAUAAGGUCAUCACUGUGCUUACCAGGAGCAGAAGGAAGGGCUCUGCCAGAGAUGGGCCAAGAAAGAGAAAGCUUCACUACAAUGUUACUACAACCAAAUUAAUGAAUCCUGACCAAGUCUUGAAUGAAAUAAUGUCUAUUCUUCCAAAGAAGCAUGUUGACUUUGUACAGAAGGGCUAUACACUAAAGUGUCAAAUACAGUCAGACUUUGGCAAAGUGACAAUGCAAUUUGAACUAGAAGUGUGCCAGCUUCAGAAACCCGAUGUGGUGGGCAUCAGAAGACAGCGGCUUAAGGGUGAUGCCUGGGUUUACAAGAGAUUAGUGGAAGAUAUCCUGUCUAGCUGCAAGAUGUAACUGAUGGAUGGUUUCAGUCCUGCCCGGAUGCAUGUGGGUGAUGCAGUCGACCUGAAGACAGGUUGUGAAUGGAGUAAUUCUAAAGUCUGUAGAACCACAAACUCAUGCUAAAAAGCUGUCUUAAAGACUGAUACCUUUAUUUUUUCAACAAAAAGUAUGAUUUUUAUGGUUGGAUCUAAGAGAAGCCCUUCUAUCCUUACCCGUUACUGUCUUUUUUAAUCAUGUGGAUUUGUAUGUUAAUAACUGUUGACUUUUCUAGAUUUACUUCCAUAAGAGAAUGCAGGCUCUUGCUUAUAACUCUUUUUAAUGUAUGAUUUCUUUCUGAAAUAAACCUAUUUGUGAAUGUAGCAGACUACUGUUCUGUGUAUUUGAUUUUGACCCAAAUAAAACC